UAAUUUCAAGGGAGUUGGAUUCUCCCAUUCUACACCCAGCACAAGGUGCUUGUGGCUACACACCAACCAAUGCAUCAUUCAGCAGAACUAACCCAGGACAUGGUGUGGAAGGCAGAAGGAUGGAGAAGACCAUCACUGACCACCUGAUGUUCACCCUGGAGAACUUGCAAGAGAACGAACUCAAGAAAUUCAAGCUCAAGCUCCAUGAGUUUCCUGUUAAGAAGGGCUGUAACAACAUCCCCCUAGGGACACUGGAGAAGGCAGAUGUGGUGGACCUGAGCCAACUCCUCCUGAGUUUCUACAUGGAGGAUUAUGCUGUGCAGGUGACGGCUGAUGUCCUCAGAGCUAUCAACUGCAGGGAUGAGGCACAGAGGCUCCUCAGUCUCACUGGGUGAGAAAGGAGGAGUCCCAGCUUGUGGAGUUUGCUGUGAGGUAGGGCAAAUGGAGUGUCACCUGCCCCAGCCCCAUUACACCCUGUGAGUGGAGGGAGAUUGAUUCCGAUAAUCUCUUCAUGGGACCUGUGAGGGUGGAAAACUUUAUACCAGGUAAAAGGUAAAGGACCC